CGUCGAGAGAGGCUACAUGUGGAAAGAGCGCCGCUAGCUUAGAAGAGCUCAAACCCAACAUGUCGGCCCAGGCUCAGAUGCGAGCCAUGCUGGACCAGCUCAUGGGGACCGGGAGAGACGGUGACUCCAUGAGACAGAGAAUCAAAUUCAGUGACGACCGGGUCUGCAAAAGUCACCUGCUGGAUUCCUGCCCUCAUGACAUCCUGUCGGGCACUAGAAUGGACCUGGGAGAGUGUGUGAAAGUCCACGACCUGGCCCUCAGAGCAGACUUUGAGAUUGCCUCCAAGGAGCAGGAAUUCUUCUUUGAGCUUGACGCUACUGAACACCUUCAGUCUUUUAUUGCUGACUGUGACCGCAGGACAGAGCUGGCCAAGAAGAGAUUAGCAGAGACGCAGGAGGAGAUAAGCGCAGAAGUGACGGCAAAGGCUGAACGUGUCCACGAGCUGAACGAGGAGAUCGGGAAGCUGCUUGCCAGUGCCGAGCAGCUCGGAGGAGAGGGUAACGUAGACGAGGCCCAGCAGUUGCUGGAAAAAGUGGAGAAGACACGGACCAUGAAGAAGGAAGCAGAGGAUAUAUACAGGAACUCCAUGCCAGCCUCCAGUUUUCAGCAGCAAAAGCUGCGCGUGUGUGAGGUUUGCUCUGCCUACUUGGGUCUCCAUGACAACGAUCGGCGUCUGGCUGACCACUUCGGUGGCAAACUUCACCUCGGCUUCAUCGAGAUUCGCGAAAAACUUGAGAAGCUUCGAAAAGCAGUCGACGAGAAACAAGAAAGACUGCGAACGAAACGCAGGGAGGAACGUGAGCGAGAGGACGAGCGGGAGCGGCAGUGGGAGAUGGAGCGAGAACGGGACAGAGAGAAGGAGCGCGAGAGAGAGCGAGAGUGGGAACGAGAGAGGGAGCGCAAGAGGUCAAGAUCCAGGAGCGCAGACCGAUACAAGGACGGAGGCGGUUCGUCCUCCCACCGUUCAAGACGCCACCGCUCCUCUCGGCCCAGAGAGGAAGGAGGGGACCGCGACCGAGACCGAGAGAGGAGGCAUCGACACAAAGACCGACACCGCUCGCACUCUCACUCGCACAGGCACAGAAGAAAAAGCGUCUCUUGCAUGGCUGAGAAACCGGUCCCUUGCCGCUUGUCUUUUAGGUCCUCCCGAGACCGGUCCUCGAACACCCGCGACCUGGAGCCCUCGCAGCCGCAGCCACAGGAGCGAAGCCAGGAGGGCGCUGCCGAGGAAUGGCCCGACAGAAGGGCGGAGAACAGAGACUGGGAAGACCGGGAGAGGUCCACCUCCCCAGAGAUGGCCAAACAGGGGGACUGGGAGAGGUCCGUGUCCCUGGAGCGGGACCGACAUUCCAGCUCUGAGGAGCGGGAGUCGGGGGAGAUCUGAGGAGGACAGAAAGGAACAUCUCUCGAUUGUCCGCCCAUUGUUUUGUCCUGGAGCGAUGGAGACGUGAGUCUAUGUUCACGUGCUUGUGUAUAUCAGCAGGGUGAAUGGGCUAAAAGUUAACUUUUAUAUGACAGAGUGGUGUGCAGACGUACUUUUUUUUUAUGCCUUUAGCAGUUCUUUUGACAGUGAGGUGUGGUCGGCAGCGUCAUAGUCCCAACACAAACGUUCAUUAGGAAUCUUGUGCUUCAGUAAAUAACCACUGUGGUAAGGUUUGAUCUGGGAUGGGAACGAUUGCAGACUCUUCUAUUUGUAUUGUUUGUUGCCAUAACUCUUGCAUUUGGUCAAUCUGGCACAAACACCAUGACUUUGCCUGUAAUUCAAGACAACUGCCACAAGUAUAUGACAUGAACACGUUUACCUUGCUGCCAUCAACUUAUUCAAAUGGUUCCCGCUUCGAUUGAUAUGCAAUGUUAGACUUGUUUGCUGCCCCUUUUUAAUAAAACGAGUGUACCAA